ACAACUCGAAGGUGCGCCCUCGUCCGUCGCCGCCGCUCGCAGCUCGCCCGCUCCGACCCAUGAGCUCAUGAGGCCCGUGUAGUGACAGUGAAGCCACGAGCAUGACGGUGGCUUGCGCGCAACCGUCGCCGCAGGAACAACGGCGGUUUUACCACAUUCUAGAAAAUGACUGAAGGUCGUCAACAUGACAAGGCGAUGUGCAUACGCAUCUGGCUGGAGGUGGGUCACGCGUGCGAACCGCAACGGUCGUCGUCGGGCCGCGCGGACUGGCGGGUGUGGGUCCGCGGCGUCGCCGGCGCUGACAUCAGCAACUUCGUGCAUAAGGUGGUGUUCCAUCUCCACCCGCCCACAGAGUUCGUUUACCCUAAGAGAGUUCUCCAAGAGCCGCCAUAUGAGAUUCAAGAGUCUGGCUGCGCGUCCAUCGAAAUCCCUAUCCACGUGUACCUGAAAUACAACGCCAAGCCAAAGAGGAUCCGGCUAAAAUACAGCCUGUUGAUAGAGAACAGCGCGCGAAGCUCAGAGUCCCGGUGUAUCUACUACGACUUCGGGAACCCGCCCGAGGAGCUCCGCCAGUGUCUCAUGAGGGCUGGAGGCGAAGUCAUCGCCAGAACGGGCGCGCUCACACACCCCGGCAGCUUGCUGGUAGUGCUCUCCGACAGCGGCGAGGAGCGACCGCGACACAGAAAACAAAAGAAGUACGAAUUCGUCGAACCCAUUCAGACCAAAGAGAAUUACGAGAAGAAAGCGUACGACUGCACAAAGUGCGAAUCGUCCGUGGAUUUCAGAAGUUUGCUGAGACAGGUGUCGAUGACGGAGGAUGAGAUAAAGCACGUAUCGCAGCUGUAUUUAUCGUACAGUAGUUAUGAGAAGUCCGGUGACGCGCUGCCGCUGCCGCCGCUAUCGGACCCGAUUUAUCAGGUGCCGGAGCUGCCAGCCUCGCUGCGCCGCGCGCUUACCAGCGUCGAGGCCGACUAUGCGAUGCAGUGACCCCUGAGCUCUGUAUUCACAGGCUUGCAAGAGCAGAAUCACAUUCAUAUUUCUCAACUCUCGCCCAUGCAUGACUGAUGUGAUGUGAAUACAGGGCUUUACACAGAGUGAAUCACUCAAGCGAAGCAGUAGGUAUACGACGUAUUACCUAAUAAUUAUUAUUUUGCAAUCAAUAAUAAGUAUACCUACUGGAUCGCUUGAGAACCGUUCUCGGCCAAAUUUUUUGCAACUAACACAAUGGGUAAUAGUUGCCACCGCUCAGUAAGUCAAUCUCGUAGUCUACGGUGCCAUUUGACACUUGCCAUUACAGUUAUCUUUAUACCGUUCUUAUUUUAAUUACGUUUAUAACUAGCUAUAAUUGUUGUUAAUGUGUUUGUCCGAAGAUUUAUUUAUUUUGUGUUAUCAUUAUGAAGUUGUUUAAGUUACGAUACGUUAUAGUCAUAUAAAAGUUCAAGAGUAAUAUAUUUUUUACGAUAAUUUAGUCUGUUACUAAGUGUGCUGUGACUAAGAUCUCAGAUUACUUGUUUUCACUAAGGACAUCUUAGGUGAUAGAGGUGCUAGAGUAUUUUUAACUCAAAUUCUAUCUAUAUUUCUAUACAUAGUAGGUAGGUAAGCAGUUUUGCGGCGCAACAUGUUUUUGGCUGGUUUAUAUUAUUAUGUUUACGUAUAAUUUACGUUUGUUAAAUAUAAUGUAUAUAAAUUAUAACGGAGUUUUGUUGUCGACUGUUAGUUAUGUCUGAGAUGUAACUCAGACAUAACUAACAGUCAUCAAAUAUUGUGCAACUGCCAAGGGGUUGUCAACAAUCAUGAAUUUCAUUUAAUAAAUACCUAUUAUACAUAUAAUAGCGAAGUACCCACGUCACCGCGUUCGUCUGGUCCAGAAUGUGUGUUCCGAUAUUUGUGCGGAUAUUUGAGAGCCUUUAGCUUUAGCAACUCCGAUAUACAGGGUGAAAUAAAAAAGGACCAUUCAAACUUUGGAUAGCAACCAUAUAGCAUAUGGGACAAAUGCUGAAAUCGCGUAAAAAAAAUUGGCAUAGAAAUAAGCGGCACCAUGACAGUCGAAAUGUUUCAUACAUUUCAGCCAAUUUUUUUUCGCGAUUCAGCAUUGGUCCCAUAAUAAAAGUUUUUCAUUAUGACCUCAAAAGUCGCUAUGCAAAGUUUGAACGGUCUUUUUUAUUUCAUCCUGUAUCUGAUGGCGACUGUAUGUACCUUACAGCGAUGCCACACUGCUUCGUGGGUUCGUGGGUAUAUAAGUGUUAUUUAUUACCUUUAACCAUCUUUCUGCUAAGAGGUACAGUAAAAUAAUGAAAUAACGUUUUUUUUUCUCUGUUACUAAUAGCAGGAAAUGUU